AUGCGCGUCUUGAGCAUUUGUGCAGCCUUUUUAAGCUGUUUCGUGUCAGUCACCGCACAAAAAGUCGCCUAUGACAAGGCUCGGCCCUUCGACGAGGUAAAGCCUGAUUGUCCUCUCAAUGAACUCGCGUUGAUGUUCAAGCCACAGCUUCACAUCGCUAGUGGGUGUCAUCCAUACCCAGCGAUUGAUAGGGAUGGUUACUAUAGUGGAGGUCUAAGUGCUUUUCAUUGGGCAACUUCGUGUGACGGAUCAAAGGAGGGUUCUCAAGUUUAUGGCCGUGCAUUCUACAACUCUGAUACGAAUGUUUGGGAGGUCAUGUACGCCUGGUAUUUCCCAAGAGACACCAUGAUCACGCCCGUCUACUACGGCCACAACCACGGAUGGGAGCACGCUAUCGUUUACAUUGGUGUGUCGUCAGAUACGCCCAAACUUCUUGCAGUUGCAGCAAGUGGAAUGUGGAGUUACAGAACGUACAAUCCCCCUCGGUCUGACUAUGUGAGUGGAAACAGCUUCAAACUUAAGUACACGUGGAUUGGCAUCAGCCACCACUACCUCAAGGGAACCCACAAUCCUGGAGAAUUCCAGCCUCUAAUCAUGUGGGAGAACAUGACCUCAAGCGUUCGCCACCUGUUCCAGGAAAAAACGUGGUUUGGAACUAAGGCGCCAUUUAGUGAUGAUAAUUUUUUCAAGCAUCUGAAAAAAGCUCGACCGUUCUACCACCGCACGUAA